AGUUAACACACUUGCACGCGCGACCACUAGCUAUGCGAGGCUACUUCGCGACCCACGAUUCACCUAUGGGGAAUUAGGCAUUGAGCGUGCAGUCUGAGGAAAGCAUCGCGCGCGCCAUGUUGCAGCUUCUGGAAUCACAGGGCUGGAGCAUCAAGCCUGAUGCCUACCAGGAACUUGUUGAAGAAGCCGAAGGCAAUGUGCCGUCAGUGCUGCAAAACAUUUUUCAUCAGGACCUAAAGAAAAUUGGAAAAGCGGCCCUUCCUGACGACGUCAACCGCACGACUACCACCAUCAAAGGCCCAGUCGUGCUGCAGAUCAGCUCCGUAGCUGAUAUCUCACGUCCCAGUUUACGUGAAAGCUCUGCUGGCGGAGGCAAUGACCGCUUGCUAUGCGUGAGGCUAACCGAUGGCAAAGUAACAUGUAAAGCAAUCGAGUAUCAGCGCGUUGAAUUGCUCAGCGAGGAGCUGGCUCCAGGUACCAAGGUGCUAUUAACCAACGCAACCGUGAAAAAUGGCAUUGUGUUGCUCAACCCAAAGUGCAUCAAGGUCUUGGGCGGUCGCGUGGAGCACCUGGCAGCUGCCUGGGAGACGCAACGGCGCUACGGAGGUGUAGAACGUCCCCGCGCGGCUGGGGGCCCGGCGGGGUCGGAGGGGGAGAUGGCGCCGCCCUUCCGCCACUUCGUGCCAGGCCGCGACGAUAAGGCUGCCAAACUCAGCGGCCACACCACCACCCCAACCACUAUCCCAACCACCACCAGAUCCGCACCACCAGCAACCAGCGCCGCCGCAGCAGCCGCCACAGUAGCGGCGGCAGUGGCGACCGCAACCGCGGCAGCAGCUGCAACGACAACGGCAGCAGCAGCAGCGGCUGCCAAGGGGACUGCAGCAGCAGCAGCCGCACCCCCAGCAACCGCGGCCCCCCCGCCUGCUGCCGCCGCUUUGACGUUCUCGGGGGGUGCGGCGGGUGAGGCGGCGCGGCGGCGGCUGCAGGAGCAGCUGGAGGCCAGGGAGGAGGCACGGGGCCGCUUCGGGCGGUUCGGCGGCGGGCGGGGCGGCGGGCGGGGCUUCCGUCGCGGCCGGCGGGGCGAUGAUGACGAGGAUGAUGGGGGCGGCGGUGUAAUGACGUUGGAGGAGUACGAGGCGGCGCAGAAGGCCAAGGCGGCAGCGGCGGCAGCAGGUCCCCGCGGAGUGGCCCAGCUGGAGGAGGAUGAGGCGCUGGCUCGCAGGCUGCAGGCGGAACUGGAUUUGGAGGCGUCGUACUACUCUCGGCCGGAGGGCGGGACAUCACAGCAGGCAGCAUCUGGAUCCGGGUACGGCGGGUACGGCAAUCGGAACACAGGAUACGGCGGAGGCGGAGGCAGAGGCGGAGGAGGAGGCGGCAGA